AUGCCGCAAGAGAACAAGAAGCGCGGGCGGCGCAUGAACAAGCGCAAGGCCGAAGACGAAGGCUCGGCCAUCCAACAGACUAGCAAGCGGCAAAAGUCCAACGAGGAUCUCAACCAGCAAGCCGACUUUGUCCCUCUUCAGGCGCAGGAAGAAUCGGUCGACAAUGCGUAUCCUGCGGCUGAGAAGCCUUUCUUCGGCAUGCUUGAUGCUGAGGAGCAGGAGCACUUCAAGCAGGCCUACGAACAGCUCGACCCUACUUCUUUCGGCGAUCUCGAGGAUCCAGACACUUUCCUCACCAAUGUCUGGAAGGAUGCCGAAGGCAAAGAACUCAAGAUCGCUCAGAGCCAGUCCUGCUCGCGGCUCAUGGAGCGCUUGAUCCAACUCUCUACGGCGUCGCAAUUAAAGAAGCUCUUUCAAGCAUUCAGCGGAAAUUUCAUCCAUCUCGUCUCUCAUCGUUUUGCGUCGCAUUGCUGCGAAGCACUCUUCCUCCGCGCCGCCCCCUUGGUGACAGAGGAGUUGAUUGCACCCCGACUGGCAGACGGCGUCAACACCAAGGACACCACUGCGCUUGAUGAGAUAUAUGUCUCCAUGGAAAACCUGUUCUUACAUACCCUUGCGGAAUUCGAGGGCAGCUUUGGCUUUCUCAUGACCGACUCCUUUGCAUCUCACGCCCUGCGCGUCCUGCUCCUUGUGCUGUCUGGUGAGCCAACCGAGUCAGCGUCUGCCAAGCGCUUGCUGCAAAGUAAGCGGAAAGAAGGUGCGUUGAUGCCUGGCACUGGCGGUACUGGCGGAGAGGCACAGGAGAAGACUCGUACCGUACCAAAGGCAUUCGGUGAGAAACUAGAAAAGGUUAUUGCCGACAGCAUUGCUGGCCUCGACACCGACAAGCUCCGCGCACUUGCGACUCACCCUCAGGCAAACCCUACCCUACAACUUCUGUUAAAGCUCGAGCUCACCCAAUUCGGCAAAGAACGCGCGAAAGACGAGAGAUCAGUGAUCCGCACUCUGCUCCCUGACGAGCCAAUUACGGCCGAGAGCGGUAGUGCGACGUUCAUCAACGGCAUCAUUUACGACUCUGUCGGUUCACAUCUAGUCGAGCAAAUUGUACAGCACGCGCCCGGAAAGACGUUCAAGAGCCUGUACAGAGAGUUCUUCAAGGAACGUCUUGCGUCGUUUGCCCGCAACGAGGUUGCUGGCUAUGUCGUCUGCCGUCUGUUAGAACGCAUGAGCCGGGACGACUUAUACGAUGCUCAUGAGGUGCUAUUACCGACCCUACCGAAUCUGUUGGAACGCAACCGUACAAUGGUCAUUGCGACGCUCAUCGAAAGGUGCGCCGUUCGCGAUAUCGAUACCACGGCACUCGCAGCCGAGUUGGACAGAAGUGUCCAGUGUCAGGACGGUUUCGAUGUCAAGAAGUUCCUGAAGGUGGAGCGAGCGCAGCCGGAUGGACAUACAAGGACGAGCGAAACACCACAUGACAGCGUGCAAAGUAGCAAUGAUAUGGACGAAGUUGCUGCGUUUGUUCGCCCUACGGAGCCUGCCAAGGUCCAUUUCAACUUGUUGGCGCAAGCCAUGCUUCGCGUGCCUGGGCCGAUGUGUGGUCUCAUCCUCGACUCUCUGGUCCAGCUUGACCCGCCUACUCUGCAGCAGAUGGCCGCAGACUCGAUAGUCACCCGCACCAUGCAGGCAGCGCUCACUUCGAAGAACGCAUCCAUUAUCCAGAAGCGGAAACUGAUACAGCUCUUCUAUGGCCAUAUCGGCGAAAUGGCGGUCGAAAGAUCUGCAUCGCACGUGGUGGACUGCAUCUGGGAAGGCACGCACGGCCUGGCGUUCAUCCGCGAGCGUAUCGCCGAAGAGCUCGCAGAAAAUGAGGGUACGAUCCGGGAGUCCAGCUACGGCAGGAGCGUGUGGAAGAACUGGAAAAUGGAUAUGUACAAACGCAGGAGAGCGGAAUGGAUAAAGCAGAGCAAAUUCAAAGCGAGCAAUGACGGGUUCCAAAGCUUCUCGGAGAUCGAUUCGAACAAGAAGCAGGACGAGACGGGGGGAGCGGUCGGCAAGACUCCACUAGAGCUGGCGAGGGAGAGGCAUCUGAAUAAGAAGAGGGAGAAGGAGAAGCAAGAGAAGAAGGAGAAGAAGGGCAAGGAGAAGGAAGGCGCAACGCUCCUUUCCGCCGUCAAAGACUCCGUUAUCCAAUUCAUUCGAGCCGCAGACGACGACGCCUCAAGCAAAUCAUCAGGCCACGGUCUCCAGCAAUCCGGCCAAGGACCCCGAACAGUACUCGUCGAGCAUCAUCCACCCAAAAAGCUGCAGCAACUGCUCAACGUCGACCUACCGGUAGAGGGCCAAGGCAAAGCCGGCCUGCUCCGAACCGUGGAGGAAGUCCUCCAUUACAGCGUCAACACUUGGGACCAAGGCUUCAUGGACAAACUCUACUCCUCCAUCACCCCCGUCGGACUGGCGUCAGAUCUCUUGCUCAGCGCUUUAAACACGAAUCUGCACGUCUAUCAAGUUUCGCCCGCGCUGACCGUGAUUGAGAAGCAGACCGCGAAGGCGUUGGCGACUAUGUUUGGGUUCAAGGGUCCUUUUGCGGGUGGUGUGAGUCAGCCAGGUGGCAGCGCGGCGAACCAGUCUAGCAUUGUCGUUGCACGCAACUGCCUUUACCCGGAGACGAAGACGAAAGGGUAUGAGGGGAGGAGCUUCGUGUUGUUUACGAGUGCGCAUGGGCAUUACAGUCUGGAGAAGGCGGCGCAGAUGUUCGGGUUUGGGUCGGAGGCGGUCAAGAGUGUUUCCGUGGACGAGCGGGGGUGUAUGAAGGCUGACGAGCUGGAACGAAUGAUUGAGCAGGCAAAGCGGGACGGCGAAACGCCGUUUUACGUCAACGCGACCGCCGGGACGACGGUUCUCGGCUCGUACGAUCCACUGGAGCAGAUCUCGGAUGUGUGUCGGAAGCAUGGGCUCUGGAUGCACGUUGAUGGGUCGUGGGGCGGACCGGUGAUCUUCAGCGAGAAGCAGCGACAUAAGCUGCAGGGGGUAGAGAAGGCUGACAGUAUAGCGAUCUGUCCGCACAAGAUGAUGGCUGUCCCGGUCACGUGCUCGUUCCUGCUAGGGAAGGAUUUGCGGCAGUUUCACAAGGGCAUGACGCUACCUGCAGGCUAUCUCUUCCAUUCGAACGAUGUGGACGAAGGCAGCGGCGUAGCAAACGGCCACCACGACCAGAGUGCCGUUGAUACCGAUCACCCGCACGCCCAUCCGAACCAAGAGGAGGACGUGAAAGAGUUCUGGGACCUUGCGGACCUGACGCCUCAAUGUGGACGACGAGGGGACAGUCUCAAACUCGCACUUUCCUGGAUCUACUACGGGACCACCGGCUUCGGAGACAUGAUUGACCACGCCUUCUCAAUGGCCGCCUACCUUGCAUCCCUGGUUGCCUCGAACUCUAACUUCACUUUAGUCUCAGACAAUCCACCGCCGUGUUUGCAGGUCUGUUUCUACUUCAACGGACAAGAAGGUGUAGGCCACCGUAACCGGAAUUCGAAGAUCACGGAAGAGAUCACUAAACGCUUGAUACCGAGAGGAUUUAUGAUCGACUACGCUCCGGGUGAUGAAGGCAAGUUCUUCAGGGUGGUGGUGAAUGUGCAGACGCGGAAGGAGACGGUGGAGGGUCUCGUCAAGGCUAUCCAGGAAGUGGGAGACGGUCUGGAUGUUAAGACUCUGGGGUGA